AUGGAUGAUUUAGAUCACAAUACAUUUGAACUAGAAGAAAGGGAUAAGAAACUUGAUGAUGUGGACUUAAUAAUGGAGCAUCUUACACUAAUUCAAAUUGAUCUGGAAAAUGCCUCAUCUGGUUCAUUGGCUGAGAAUGUGUCCUGUUCGAGAAAUGUUUUAAGGAAGCAGAGGCACUGGGAAAAAAUGAUCAUGGCUAAAAAGAGUAAAAGAAAACAGGAAAAGGAAAGAAGAAAAACAAAGCUGUCUGGAAACACUGAUAGAGAUACUAGCCAACAACUGCACAGCAAAAGAUUUUUAAAAGCUUUGACCAAAGAGCGUCUUUUAGAAGCAAAGGAUUCUGGUACAAGACUUUGUAUUGACUUGAGCAUGACAGAUCACAUGAGCAAGAAGGAAUUAAGUCGUCUGGCAGCCCAGAUCAGGAGGCUUUAUGGGUCAAACAAGAAAGCUGCAAAACCAUUCUGGCUGUAUCUGACAGGUUUUGUACAACACAGUCUGUUAUAUGAUGAGUGUGUGCGAAUGAAUGAC